AUGGGGGAUGAGGAGAUUGCAGCUCUGGUUGUGGAUAAUGGGUCUGGGAUGUGUAAGGCUGGGUUUGCAGGGGAUGAUGCUCCUAGAGCUGUAUUUCCUUCCAUUAUUGGAAGGCCUCGGCACCAGGGAGUGAUGGUGGGAAUGGGUCAGAAAGACAGUUAUGUUGGUGAUGAAGCCCAGAGCAAGAGAGGGAUUCUGACCCUGAAGUAUCCAAUUGAGCAUGGGAUUGUGACCAACUGGGAUGACAUGGAGAAGAUCUGGCAUCACACUUUCUACAAUGAGUUGCGAGUUGCCCCAGAGGAACAUCCUGUCCUCCUCACAGAGGCACCUCUCAAUCCCAAAGCUAAUCGGGAGAAGAUGACUCAGAUUAUGUUUGAGACCUUUAACACACCGGCUAUGUAUGUCUCCAUUCAGGCUGUCCUGUCCUUGUAUGCUUCUGGCCGCACUACAGGUAUUGUAAUGGACUCUGGUGAUGGUGUUACUCACACUGUACCUAUUUAUGAAGGAUAUGCCUUGCCCCAUGCCAUUCUGCGACUAGACCUGGCUGGCAGAGACCUGACUGACUACCUGAUAAAGAUUCUGACUGAACGUGGGUACUCAUUCACAACCACAGCUGAAAGGGAGAUUGUCCGUGACAUCAAAGAAAAGUUAUGCUACAUGGCUCUUGACUUUGAGUCUGAAAUGGUAAUGGCUGCCUCCUCUUCAACUCUAGAGAAAAGCUAUGAGCUACCGGAUGGUCAAGUCAUCACCAUUGGCAAUGAACGUUUCAGAUGUCCAGAGGCUCUCUUCCAACCUUCCUUCCUAGGGAUGGAAACAACUGGAAUCCAUGAGACCACCUUCAACAGCAUUAUGAAAUGUGACAUAGACAUCAGGAAGGAUCUGUAUGCCAAUACAGUCUUGUCUGGUGGAUCCACCAUGUACCCAGGUAUUGCUGAUCGAAUGCAAAAAGAAAUCACAGCCUUGGCUCCAAGCACAAUGAAGAUUAAAAUCAUUGCUCCACCUGAAAGGAAGUAUUCAGUGUGGAUUGGUGGGUCUAUCUUGGCUUCUCUCUCCACCUUCCAACAAAUGUGGAUCACUAAACAGGAAUAUGAUGAAUCAGGGCCAUCAAUAGUUCAUCGAAAGUGUUUUUGA